CUUGAGUGUGAUACAUAUCAAACUGUGUGUGUGUCUCUCUCUCUUGACUUAAUAAUUUUCAACCCUAAUGCUCCUGCAGCCGAAUUUGUUUUUUUCCCUUUUUCCUUUCAUUUAUAUUCACUUUUCUGUUUCUUUCUUUAACCUUUCCUUUUCACUUUUCCUUUGCACAGACGAUCGUUUUCAAACCCCAUAAGCUCCACUAAGUACCUUUUUCCGUCCAAUUCCUCGUACACUCACGCGCGCGUACAUACGACAUGUCCUACAACAACAACAACAACCAAAAGCCGUCCAUUUACGAUUCAUUGCCCAUGCUGGAUUCAUGGUAUCAGAAGCAGCCCAUCAUGUCGCCUUCUGUACAUCACCAUUUCCCGAGCGCUGCUACUGCGACUUGUGUAGCUAGCGAUCGCGCUUCAAACAGUCCAACGCAACAAAGACGUGCUCGUCGUCGCAAUAACCAUGCGGUCCAAUUCUCGGUCGAUCCACCCAUGGUCCAUUACGUGCGUCAUUCGACACGAGCAGACGUUCAUGACGAGGACGAGGAUCAAGAUAAUGGUGACAGUAGCAGAGCAGCGCGGAUCAAUAGUGUGAAAUCGAUCAUGAAGAGCCUGCUAUUUAAACAUACUCGUCGUAUAAUAGCAUGAUAGCUAUAUAUUAUCACCACGAGUGGUACAUACA